AUGCAUCUCCUCCGCAUCUCUGUCGCCAUCAAGGCAUUCGGCGUAGCUUUUCUCUCUGCUACUGCCAAUGCCGCGUCAGAUACUCCUCUUGAUCAUGCCAGUCUAAAGCUCCUCACCAAAUCCGCCGACUCACAAGUCCAAGGUGUUCUCGACAACAAGAAUGAGUCUCUAACCGGCUCGCCGAGAUCUCUCACCCGCGCUGUUCGUCAAUUGGUUGUGCCGUUCUUAUGGCCAAACUCGACGUACUUUCAUAAUGAGACUCUUGUUCCUCAUAUUGAGGAGAUGCUGGAAGUCCUUCAGAAAGUUCAGCAUGACGAUGGUACUUACACCGUCGGCAAUCGCCAUUCACCACCUGAUACCGGUUUCCUGAUUGAGGACUUUGGUAUCAUGGUGCGCAUUCUCGAAAAGGAUGAUCACAAAGCCUCGCAACCUUUCGCGGAUGUCAUCCGUGGUCUUCUCGUCAAAGCUGGACCUGGUCUGGCCAAGGGUGGUAUUCACACGCCAAACCACAGAUGGAAGAUUUGCAGUGCCCUGGCGCGUAUUUCUAGCAUCACCGAGAACGAGAGCUAUAUCAAGAGAAUUGAUGAGUGGCUUGCGGAAGGAAUCGACAUCGACGCUGAUGGCAUUUACUCUGAGCGGAGUCCCAAUUACUACUCGGCUGUGUCGAACCCUUCACUCUUGACCGUUGCUCACGAGCUCAACUACACCGACCUCAUCGAUUACGUCCGCAUGAACCUUGAACUAGCGAUCGAGCAUGCGGAACCCAACGGUGAAAUGGAAGUGAUCCAGAGCCGUCGCCAGGACCAAGCUCAGCCUCCUGUAGUCAACAUGGGUAACUUUUACCCUCAAUUCCGCGAGCUCGCUCUCCUCGAUAACAACGGCCGCUUUGCUGCCAUGGCCCGUCUGAUUGAAGAACUUGUCGGUCCUCAAUUGGGUGAUUUCCUGGCCAACAUCAUGGAGCGUCCUGAACUCGGCGCCCAACUACCUGACCCAGAAGACCCAUUCGUCGACUUUGAGAAGCACUACAAGUCAGCUGGUCUUGUACGCGCACGACAUGGAAACCUGACAGUCUCUGCUUUCGGUGGCUCAGAUUGGUAUAUCGAUGGAAAGAAAGCCGAAUUCUACAACCGUAUGGGUUCAGGUCUUUCCACCAACCCAACCAUGUUCCGCGCGUGGAACGGAAAAGCUGUUCUUGACGCCAUUCGUCUCAGCCCCAAUUUCUUCAGCAUGGGUCAUUUCCGAUCUAACGGAGUCAAUGUGUCUGACGAUGGCGUCAUCAACCUGGGAAGCGAGAUCGAGGUCCCAUAUUAUCUCCCUAUGCCAUCUGAGCGCCGUGACGAGAAUGGUACAUACAAGCUAUCUCGUUCCGUAGACGGUCGUUUCUACGCUAUGGCCGACUUUGAGAACCGUCCUACAAGCAUGCGCCGUCUCAAGACAGAGGUCGAAAUCAGCCCUACUAAAGCAGGCUAUGAUCUCAACUUCCAGGUCACUGGCGAGGAUGAUGUGGAGCUCACCUUUGAACUGACGUUCCGGGAGGGCGGAAAGUUCAAGGGAGUGAAGGAGUUUGUUGAUAGCGACAAUACCACUAUUUAUCGCCUUGCGGAAGGAAAGGGAGAGUAUACUAUGGGCGAUGACAAGAUUACCUUUGGGCCUGGAAAUGGCAUGGGGGUGAUUCAGAAUGAUGCUGGAGAGCAGUAUAGCUGGCAUGGAGGCAACUUGACGUUGCAGGGAAGUCAUGUGUAUAUCACUGGUGUGACGCCUUUGAACUACACACUCAACCUGGGCUUUGCUUAA